AUCUGCUGAAAUAGUGGAACACUUAAAGAUUGUGAAUACAAAAACUCUUAAGACUGAACAUAAAAUGCACUCUUUAUAACUUAGGAGUCCAGAGCAAAGAGAUUAUCAUGCAUGUCAUGUGAAAUAUGUUAUUCGUCUACUUCCUUUGUAUUUAAAGGUCAACCGUCCCGAAAAAUAAUAUCACAUUGGUAGCUUUCCACAUUUAACAGCUAGUUUGUUUUUGAAAAGUAUAACUAUGGCUACCAAGAACUACCAUGUGAUGGUGUUCCCAUGGUUAGCCUUUGGCCAUAUGCUACCUUUCCUUGAAUUAUCAAAGAAAUUGGCAGCAAAAGGGAUACGCGUUUCCUUUGUUUCCACCCCAAAAAACCUGCAGAGAUUACCCCCUAUUCCCUCAAGUUUAGGAGAUAGAAUAAAGCUGCUGGAGAUCCCAUUGCCAUCGAUAGGUGGCCUGCCAGUGAAUUGUGAGGCUACCGUUGAUCUUCAACCAGAGGAAAUACAGUACCUGAAAAAGGCAUAUGACAAAUUAGCCCUACCAUUUGAAGAGUUGCUGCUUGAGAAUCUGCCAGACUUGAUACUGAUCGACUUUGCUCCGUUCUGGAUUCCAGAAAUUGCUGCUAAAUAUGGUGUGUCCACUGCCUUCUUUAGUGUGUACACAGCCUCAACAUUAGCUUACCUGGGAUCACCUGUUGAACUUAAAAAUGGCACCCUACGUACCCGCCCUGAACAUUUUGUACAUCCUCCGCCUUGGUUCAACUUCCACUCUCUGGUAGCCCACAGGCCUGAUUAUGCAUCAACAAUGAUGCAUAACACUCAUUGUCCUGAUGCAUCUGGUGUAUCCAGUGGGCAACGUAUAGCAAAAAUUGUGGAGGGAUGUAAAUUUGUUGUAGUGAGAAGUUGCAAUGAGUUCGAAGAGAAAUAUAUAAAUCUAAUUGAGGAUCUUUAUCAGAGACCAGUUUUACCUAUCGGCAUACUUUCACCAGCACCCGAAACUGGGACUCAGCCACAAACAGAUUCAGGAUGGUCUCAUAUUUUCAGAUGGCUGGAUAAACAAAAGUCCAAGUCUGUGGUAUUUGUUGGCUUCGGAAGUGAGUAUAAGAUGCCUAAUAAGGAAAUCCAUGAGUUGGCUUGGGCUCUUGAGCUUUCAGAGCAAACCUUCCUAUGGAUUCUGAGAAAACCAGAAGGCGUAGAGUAUCAAGAAGUAUUACCUACAGGUUUUCUCUCUCGAGUAUCAAACCAGGGGAUUGUUAGUCUUGGUUGGGCACCUCAACAGGAUAUACUAGCUCAUCCUUCCAUCGGAGGAUGCCUUUUCCAUUCUGGUUGGGGUACCAUUAUUGAAGCUCUUAGCUUUGGGCACCGUCUGAUUCUCAUUCCGAUGGUUGCUGAUCAAGGACUUAAUGCAAAGCUGUUAGUGGAAAAGGAGAUAGGCCACGAAGUUCCAAGGAAUGAAGACGGUUCCUUCUGCAAGGACAUUGUAGCCAACUCAAUAAGAUUAGUGAUGAAUACCGACGAGGGAGAAAAAUUGAGGUCAAGAGCUGCUCAAGUACAAAAGAUUUUUAGUGACCACAGGCUCCACGAUAGUUACGUAGACCAGUUCAUUCAGCACAUCAAAAGGCUAGAGUUUCAGAAGGGUAAUGAAAAGUAAUAUUGAAAUUUUUUAUUUAAGAAAAAGAUCCAAGGUAAUAUUGUGCAUGUCAGCAUUAUCAGUAAAAACAGAUGAUGGCACAUAACAUUGUGACAAGCAAAUCUGCGGAUGACAAUAGUUGAUGCUUAGUCCUUUUUAGUUCAUGUGCACAUAGUGUGGCUUUACCUCAUUUGUAACUUUCCUGAAUAACAAGUUCAUAGGGUGAUAUACCUCUACUGUAAACAUUAGAAUUACGGGCAACAAACUACAUUUUUCGCUCU